GCUUUUAAUCUCAAAACGCGGGAAAAAGAGGGAGGGAGAAGUUCAUCAAAAAGAAGAAAAAAGAGAAAGAUAGAGAGAGAGAGAGUGAGUGAAAACUUUAACCAUUAAUGGCGAACUCGAAAGCAUCAAUAAUCGAACUCCCAGAAGACGACGAAGAAGACCUCGAAUUUCUCCAUCAACUCGAAGCAGCAGAAGCACAAGCUCUUUCUCUCUCCUCCUCCAAACGCCGCCGCAUCUCCGUCGAUUCACUUUCACAUUCAAAAUCAGACAACUCCGUCGAACAAAUCGAAGAAGGCGCUUAUACCGCCGCACUCAAAGGCAGCAAAAGCAUCACCUGGCAAAAACAUCAACAUCAGCAGCAACAGCAACAAAGUAGCGUCGCCAAAUUCUCCGACGCAUCCGCCAUUACUACCGUCGGAGGUAGUGGUGGAAGCGGCGCUUGUUUCAGGUGUGGAAAGGAAGGUCAUUGGGCUAGGGAUUGUCCUCAAUCGACGUCGUCUUCUUCGGUACCGUCUUCGGCGAAUGUUGCUGUGGUAGAGAAGGCGUGUCCUUGUGGAUUGGGGAAUUGCUUGCUUCUGACGGCGAAUACUGAGCGUAAUCGUGGACGCAAGUUCUUCCGAUGUCCUGUUCGUCAGGAGAAUGGUGGCUGUGGAUUUUUCGAGUGGUAUGAUGAAACGGCUGAAAAAUGUACUUCUGCAGAAGGAGAGAGGGCUUGGAAGAAUGGAGGGCAGCAGCAAUUCUACCAGCACCCUACUAACCAGGCAGCUUCUGGUUAUACAAAAUCAUGGAAUGACUUUGACAAAGGAACUAGUGCUCCAAACUUUGGCUAUGGUCAGAAAUUUGACAGCUCUGACAAUAAAGCCUAUGGUUAUGGUCAGCAAUUUGGAAGCACAGACAACAAAGCCUAUGGCUAUGGUCAGAAAUUUGAAAGCACUGACAACAAAGCCUAUGGCUAUGAUCAGAAAUUUGAAAGCACUGACAACAAAGCCUACGGCUAUGAUCAGAAAUUUGAAAGCACGGGCAUGAGAAGUGGUUCCUCCUGCUUCAAAUGUGGCCAGGAAGGGCACUGGGCAAGAGACUGCCCUACGACUUCAUCCAAUGUAACUGCUGGUGCAAGGGGAAACCCAUCCUCUAACGCUUGUUACAAGUGUGGCCAGUCUGGACAUUGGGCAAAGGAUUGCUCCGAGGGCCAGUCUACUAAGCUCCGCAGCUGGUGAAAUGUUGCUCUGCUUUGACCAUUUUUGUAUGCCUCUGCAGUAUUUCCUUGUUUUUGACUGUUUCGACCUGCACAUAAUGGCUUGUUCUGUUUGUAGUGACGCUGAUAUACUUGUGAUGGUUUUGCUUCUUAAACUCUGGAACUGAUGGGUCUUUAUUGUA